AUGGCCUCUGCAAUUGUCGAUUCGGGAAUUUUUCUGGCCAAGCGAGGAGUGUUUGGCCCCACCGUUGCCUCGUUAGCCAAACAGGCAGACCCAGCAGAUCCUAUCGAUGAGGAGCCCAUAGACGAUAGCCCCGACGUUGGCCUGCCAGAUGAUAACAAUUUGGAUGAAACUAACCCAAUGGCCGAGGAGAUUUUUUCCUCUUGGGCUCUAUUUAUUGUGUUAUUCUUGCUGUGUGCUGCAUUGUGGUCUUCUUUCUAUCUCCAACAAAGACGAAUCAAAGCCAUUCACGAAACAGUGCUAUCUAUUUUUUACGGUAUGGUGGUUGGCUUAAUAAUCAGGGUCUCCCCCGGCCAUUAUAUUCAAGACGCUGUCAAGUUCAAAUCCAGUUACUUUUUCAAUAUCUUACUUCCUCCAAUCAUUCUCAACUCCGGAUAUGAAUUACAUCAGGCCAAUUUCUUUCGAAAUAUAGGUUCGAUCCUGACUUUUGCAAUUCCAGGUACAUUUAUCAGUGCAAUGGUUUUGGGAAUGAUUUUGUUCAUUUAUACAAAACUCGGUAUUGAAAGUAUCGGGAUCUCCUUUGUCGACGCUCUUGCCGUUGGUGCAACUCUUUCUGCCACAGAUCCAGUCACCAUCUUGUCGAUCUUCAACUCCUACAAAGUGGACCCUAAAUUAUACACCAUUAUUUUCGGAGAGUCUUUGUUGAACGAUGCCAUCUGUAUUGUCAUGUUUGAAACAUGUGAGAAAUUCCAUGGAACAAGUGCCCAAUUCUCGAGUUUCUUUGAAGGUAUUGGAAUGUUCUUGAUGACCUUCACUAUCAGUACGAUCAUCGGACUUAUUGUCGGAAUUCUGGUUGCCUUAGUUCUUAAACACUCGCAUAUCAGGAGGUAUCCUCAGAUCGAAACUUGUUUGGUGUUAUUGUUUGCCUACGAGUCGUACUUCUUCUCCAAUGGAUGCCACAUGUCGGGAAUUGUCUCAUUGCUGUUCUGUGGAAUCACCAUGAAACAUUACGCCUACUACAACAUGUCGAGACGUACGCAGAUCGCCACGAAAUACAUAUUCCAGCUGCUGGCUCAGCUGUCAGAGAAUUUCAUUUUCAUUUACUUGGGACUGUCUCUUUUCACUGAGGUUGAGCUGGUUUUCAAACCCGUGUUGAUCAUAGUGACGUUCAUCUCGAUCUGUGUUUCGCGUUGGGCCGCGGUGUUCCCUCUUGGACGUGCGAUCAACUGGUUUGCUCGUUCCAGGGGCGCCAGAAGAGGUGUUUCUCCUGCCUCUAUUCAGGAUGAGAUUCCGUACAACUACCAAAUGAUGCAGUUCUGGGCCGGUCUUCGUGGAGCUGUGGGAGUUGCUCUUGCCAUGGGUCUCCAAGGUGAGUCCAAGUCGGCGCUUUUGGCCACCGUCUUGGUUGUUGUGGUGCUGACGGUGAUUCUUUUCGGAGGAACCACUGCUGGAAUGCUCGAGAUGCUCAAUAUCAAAACUGGAUGUGUGGAGGAGGAUGUCAGUGACGACGAGUUCGACAUUGAGGCUCCUAAACCUUCGGCAGCGUCGAAUUUCUACGACAGAAACUCCAACACAAUGAUCAGCAACAAAAACUUCCACUCCUCGAGCAUUUCUCACUAUACAGAUAGCAUGCCUCCACGGUCAAGAAACGCCUCAGAAGAAGACUUGAUGAGAGACACCGAAUUCGAUGACAACCUCCAGCUUCCGCCAAACACUUUGGCAAACUUCCCUGGUCCGGGCUCGCUUUCAAGCAGCGCGUCUCCAUCGCAGCAGGACGCUCCAUUGCAAUCCCAGUCCGGAAUUUUCAACAGCAUUCUAAGUGUGGACGAGCAUGCAAAAUGGUUCACGAACUUCGACGAAAACGUGCUCAAGCCGGUGUUGCUUGACAACCUGCCGUCCAAGCAGAACGGAGACAGGAAGUAG